UCCGCUCGAAGCCAGAUUGAUCGAUCUCCCUGCACUCUGGUGUCCCAGCGACCUACAUACCAGCCUCGGAAAUCGUCGCCUGUUGUAGGCGUCGACGGCUUCUGAAUCCCCCCCUCAGCGAGGCAUAUUUGUUUCUUUCUAUAAUCAGCUCAUAACUUUCCCCCUUUACCCGUCGCGAAGAUGUUGCUUCCUAAGGGUGGUGUAACGUGGAAGUCGGCCAAAGCAAGGCUGCCCCCAUGGCGGGCUGUCCUGUUCCUGGUCACACGGACCCGGUUUCUUGUAUCAUUGGCCAUCACUGGCCUGGUAGUCCUACUAUGGCGUGGCAUCAGCAAGUCAGCGUCGGAGAUGCAGAGCUUUUACUGCUAUGGCCCUUCGAAAUCGCCGAUGGAGAUGAGCAUCAACGAAAUGGUCGAGUGGAGCGCUCACACUCAGACUCCUGUCGUCUUCAACCAUCAUGAUCCCUAUGAAGUCAACUCGUCCAGCAUCAAGACCGUCGAUCUGAACCCCAUCAAGUCCACCACCCAGGCUGUUUCGAACUCUGAGCGUGUGCUCGUUUUGACUCCUCUGAGAGAUGCGUCCGACCAUUUGAUCAACUACUUCAACCUCCUCUACAAGUUGACGUACCCGCACGACCUCAUCGACUUGGCUUUCCUCGUUGGCGAUUGCAGCGACGACACCUUGGCUGUCCUCACUGCUGAGCUGGCCCGAAUCCAGGACCAGGUGGAUGAGAAGAUUGCUUUCCGUAGUGCGACCAUCGUGCAAAAGGACUUCGGGGCUGAUACCGAGAUGAACGUGGAGGACAGACAUUCCUUUGCUGCCCAAGGCCCGCGCCGCAAGGCUAUCGGUAGAGCUCGCAACUACUUGCUCUACUCGGCCCUCAAGCCCGACCAUUCUUGGGUCUACUGGAGGGACGUUGACAUCUUUGACAGCCCUGCUAGCAUCAUUGAAGACUUCAUCGCUCAUGACAGGGAUAUUCUUGUUCCUAACAUUUGGUUCCAUCGCUACCGGGAUGGCGUUGAUGUUGAGGGCCGAUUUGACUACAACUCCUGGAUUGAAUCCGAUAAGGGACGCCGACUCCGCGAGACGCUCGACCCAGAUACUGUUUUGGCAGAAGGCUACAAGGAAUAUGACACUGGCCGGACCUACAUGGUCAGCAUGGGUGACUGGAGAAAGAACAAGGAUGAGGAAGUCGAGCUGGACGGCGUUGGCGGCGUGAACAUCCUCGUGAAGGCCGAUGUUCACCGUUCCGGCAUCAACUUCCCGUCGUACGCUUUCGAGAACCAGGCUGAAACCGAGGGGUUCGCCCGCAUGGCUAAGCGCGCUGGCUACCAGGUGUACGGUCUGCCGAACUACGUUGUCUGGCACAUUGACACGGAGGAAAAGCCUGGCAACCUCGGGGACCGCAAAGCAUACUAGCUGCAUUCUUGAGUUGAUCCUCAUUUCCAUGCAGACUGGGUGGUGCGACCACUUUCAUUCCUCGUCCUUGAAACCUGAAUACCCCGUUUCCCGUGUACAUCCGAGCCCUUGCAGCGGUUCUUUGCAUGGAGGCUUUCCUCUUAACGCUUUUAUUGAUUUUCUUUCUUCAUUUCUUCUCGAUUGUA